AUGCAAGUGGGUGGUGGCCGAUGCACGCUGUCAUCAUCGCUUUUCGGUGGCUUCUUGGGAUCUUCCCGGAGAAAAGUCCCCAUUGAGAUUCCAGUCCGAAACGCAGGGGUGAUAGGCGCCCGUAAAUCGACUAGAUUCUGCCGGGGAAGGUGCGGUACACGAGGUGUCCAUCACACCGUUAUCCCGCAACUUGUCACAGCUACCCCUGAGGAACCAAGACAAUGCCUGCCUAAAGCCGAGGUGCUGAACCAAACUGUCAAAUUGGCUGGAAUGGGGCCGCUGUAUUCGGUGCGGACCGUCUGGGUGGGGCAGAAUGAAACCUUCCACAAUCCAGCCAUCCAUUCCAUCCAUAGGUCCUCCAUCCGACUUACUUACCACACCAAACGGGUGGACGGACCAGGCAAAGCCGGCGCCUGA